CACCAGGCAAGUUCUCUUACCCCUGGGCUUUAAGGCGGUUUAUAAUCACAUCUGCAACUGGAAGGCAGGUCUGGAUGCCAACAAACUCCCGAACUUUCUGACCUCUUCUGGAAGGCAAGGUCCCUGUCUGUUCACCUUGGCUUCUUGUGUAAGUCUUUCGCUGUGUGGAGCCAGGCCCCUUCUAGGUGCAGCGUUUGUUAUAGAAGUUUCCAGAAGAUCUGAGUGUGGGCCAGGCAACCUUCAACUCCAGGGGUUCUCAAAGCCGUGUGUCUUGAGAGGAAGGCUUACUGAACCCGGAGCUCCUGUUGCCAUGGUCCAUCUGCAGGCUGCUGUAGGCUGCACAGGGAACUUGCCUGUUCCAUUGGCUCUGUGGCUGUAGGCAGGGAGCAGUUUCAAGGGUAGCUCAGUUGAAGGUAGGUCUUGUCAUCAGUGAGCUGAGUAUUGCCUGCAGGGUGGGACAUCCUGCUAGGCCCUAAUUGAAUGUAGUUGGCACUCCUCAGGGAGUGUGAUAAUUCCAACUGGUGUUCACCUGGCACUUGAGCAAGGUACAGAAUCCCCACUAGGUGACACAAAGACUAAAGGCAUCCCUCCCGCCAAGAGCAGAGGCAGAGAGCCAGGGGAGACUGCUGGGUUCCUCUCUCAUUUCCGUUUCUCUGCCAGGCUUGCUGUGUGCUGGCUGGGUUCCUUCCUUUCCCAGGCUCCGGGACUCUUGCUGAGAAUUGGCUCCUAGGAACACGGCACCUGCUUUGCUCACGACAUGCGUCUCUCCCUCACCCCAACCGCUUGCUCUACUGAACUCUGGCUGAUGAAUAAGGGCAGGGAGCAGGAGGGGGGUAGAGCAUCUGAAGAGCCCCGUGGAAACUUUUAGCCCCUAUGUUGCAAUUCUUAUGGAGUGUUGUGACCAUAGAUCAGAACUCGUUUUUUUAUUUUGGUGUUAUCUCUUGUGGGCUUAAGCAAAAGCUGCUCAUAUAUGCGAUGCUCUUAUAUCUCGUUAGGCCUGACGUGGUUGAAUUGUUUGAGUCAUCAAAUCCUUCCCGAGUCAGAUAUUGGCCUCGUUUUAUAGAUAGAAAAUCCAAGAGGCUUGUCAAGAAGUAGAAGCUAGUAUGUGAGAGGGGUAGGUUUGGUCUUGAACACUCAUUUGGAGUCUGCUGCCUUACCCUUCAUCUUUAAUAUUUCCAGAAAAAAAAUUUAAUGACAAGGACUCAUGUAGCCCACUAUAUAUCCAAUAUAUAUAUUCUAUCUAUCUAUCUAUCUAUCUAUCUAUCUAUCUAUCUAUCUACCACUACACACACACACACACGCACACACGCGCGCGCGCACACACACACACACACACACACACACACACACACACACACACACACACACAUAACUUAAAAACAGGAACUCAUGUAGUCCAGGUUGGCCUGGAACUUGCUUUGUAGUUAAGAAUGACCUUGACUUCUUGUUCCUUCUGUCUCUGCCUCCCAAGUGCUGGGAUUACAAGGCAUCAGGGCCAUCUGAGAGCUUAUGAAUUAUUUGAACCCUAAGGGCUCCUUUUGUAUUACUCUAGGGUAGGGACUUAACAUUUAUUUAUACAUUAGGCAUUUCGCCUAUAUUAUUUUAGCUGUUAUUGUAUGGAUUUUUCUUGUGAGAAUGAGAUGGUUUGGAGAGGUUAAAUCAAGCAGCCAGAAAUGACUAGAGAUGGGGCCGGAGCCCUGAUUUGUUUGAUUAUGGUUGUUCUGUAGUAAGCCACUGCCCUUCUCAGAAUAGCAGGCAUUUAUCCACAAAUAUGGAGGCUAAAGACAUCAGUCUUAGAUCUACUGAGGUCCCUCAGUUCCUGUCUCCCUCAAAGGCCUCUUUUUACCCACACCCCACCAAGUGUUGUUCAUACUCCUUUUUUUCUGGGUCAAUCUUCUGGCCCAGUGGGAGACACAUCAGAGUUUUGUUCCGAAACCCAGGGUGCCUGGAAUGAUCAGGGAAUGGGUCGCCUGUGGUGGGGAACAGAACAGCUUGCUCUGUGUGUUCCUGACGCCCCCCUCACCCCCCAACUCCAGCAGGCUUGACUGGGCUGCAGCUGCACAAAGCCAGGCCUGCCAAACUCACAGCCAGAGGGCUCCGUCAAAGGCCACAUCUGACCCUUGAGCUAGGACCGCUGGCCCCUGUCCCCAACCCCUGCUAGGUGUGGAUGGAUGCGGGCACCCAGAUCUUCUUCUCCUUUGCCAUCUGCCUGGGGUGCCUCACGGCCCUGGGCAGCUACAACAAGUACCACAACAACUGCUACAGGGACUGCGUCGCCCUUUGCAUUCUCAACAGCAGCACCAGCUUCGUGGCCGGGUUUGCCAUCUUCUCCAUCCUGGGCUUCAUGUCUCAGGAGCAGGGCGUACCCAUAUCUGAGGUUGCUGAAUCAGGCCCUGGCCUGGCAUUCAUCGCCUACCCUCGAGCUGUGGUGAUGUUACCUUUCUCGCCUUUGUGGGCCUGCUGUUUCUUCUUCAUGGUGGUUCUCCUGGGACUAGACAGCCAGUUUGUGUGUGUAGAAAGCCUCGUGACAGCGCUGGUGGACAUGUAUCCCCGGGUGUUCCGUAAGAAGAACCGGAGGGAGAUUCUCAUCCUCAUCGUGUCUGUCGUCUCUUUCUUCAUCGGGCUCAUUAUGCUCACAGAGGGCGGCAUGUACGUGUUCCAGCUCUUCGACUACUAUGCGGCCAGUGGCAUGUGUCUUCUCUUUGUGGCCAUCUUUGAGUCCCUCUGUGUGGCUUGGGUUUACGGAGCCAGCCGCUUCUAUGACAACAUUGAAGAUAUGAUUGGGUACAAGCCGUGGCCUCUUAUCAAAUACUGUUGGCUCUUUUUCACGCCAGCUGUGUGCCUGGCAACCUUCCUGUUCUCCCUGAUCAAAUACACGCCACUGACCUACAACAAGAAGUACACAUAUCCAUGGUGGGGGGAUGCCCUGGGGUGGCUCCUAGCUCUGUCCUCCAUGGUCUGCAUUCCUGCCUGGAGCAUCUACAAGCUCAGGACUCUCAAGGGCCCACUCAGAGAGAGACUUCGCCAGCUCGUGUGCCCGGCUGAAGACCUUCCCCAGAAGAGCCAACCAGAGCUGACUUCUCCAGCGACACCGAUGACGUCCCUCCUCAGGCUCACAGAACUGGAGUCUAACUGCUAGGGACGAGGCCUUUGACACACCUGCGAGUCUGUCUGUGGGGACAGCUACAGACACAGAGGGCAGAACCACCCCUCCGUGCUGGGGCAGAGAGACAAAAGGGGGUAUUUGGAAGCUGCCUUCUGAACUGGGAACCUCCUAUUUUGAUACCCCUAUUCCAGGGUGGUACGCACAUUGUGACAUGCCCAAAUCAACAACACCCCUUUGAGGCAGCUUAGGAAAGCCCAGGGAGGACUGGGGAGGUGAAAGCCUGGCUUGUCACUGGGUUCGCUUCCUUCCAUUAAAUCCAACUUCCUCCCACAA